GUCUUUAUGUCAAAUUUAUUAACAUGAAUUAACGUAGCAAGAUGCAUUAUUAGCAUUAAAUGUGAUCAUGAAAUGAAAAUUGAGUUAAUCAACUCUUUCGUCACAUUUCUAUCGAUUAAUGCAUCGAGCGCUGCCAAAGAAAAUUUCACAAGCCACAUCAAACUUGCACAAAAAAUUAUUGAUUUUUUGAUUCGGGUUUGUUAAGGAAAAUCUUAAUGGGUGAAAAAUUAGUGAAAUAGUCGUUACCAUUUAUUGAGCAUACUUAGUAGCAGCUAACAAUAAACCAAAGAUUUCAUUCAUAUAUUGACAAUGAAUACGCUGACGACCACCGAAACAAUGGAAAUUGUGGACGAAGGUGCAAUGAGUGAUACAUCGUCAGAUUUGGAUAGUCGAGCAAGUAGUCCCGAUCCUGAUUAUCAGGAAGGAAACUUGUUGACAGAGGCAAUGGAAAAUGAAGUAACGGCUCAAUUAGUAGCUGCUGGAGUUGUUGGAGUUGCAGCUGCUGCUGCUAUCACAUCAUCAAAGAAACGGAAACGUCCACAUUCAUUCGAGACAAACCCUUCAAUCCGAAAACGUCAACAAAAUCGCUUGCUGCGCAAGUUAAGACAAACAAUAUUCGAAUAUGCGACUCGUGUCGGUCAACAGGCUGUUGUUUUGGUGGCAACGCCAGGCAAACCCAACAAUAUUUACAAAGUAUUUGGCGCAAAGCCACUCGAAGAUGUCAUAAAGAAUCUUCGGAACAUGGUAAUGGAUGAGCUUGAAACAGCGCUUGCACAACAAGCACCACCAAAAGUCCAAGAUGAUCCAUCAUUAUUCGAACUGCCGCCUCUUAUCAUUGAUGGCAUUCCCACGCCCGUCGAGAAGAUGACGCAGGCACAAUUAAGAGCUUUUAUUCCACUCAUGUUGAAAUACUCGACUGGUCGAGGAAAACCUGGCUGGGGACGUGAUUCAACUCGUCCUGAGUGGUGGCCAAAAGAACUUCCAUGGGCGAAUGUUCGAAUGGAUGCAAGAACAGAAGAAGAGAAACAAAAAAUCAGUUGGACACAUGCAUUGAGAAAAAUUGUCAUAAAUUGCUAUAAAUAUCAUGGACGAGAAGAUCUACUACCAGCUUUCUCGGAAGAAGACGAGAAAGCAAAUGCAAUCGCAACAGCAAAUGCAAAUGUCGGAGUAUUAAAAGUUCACAAUCCAAAUACAGUCACAUCGUCUUCAUCAAAUGCAAAUCAAUCGACAACAACGACCAUCACAACUGUUAGUUCGAAUAAUGCUGCUAAUAACAAUAAUGUCAUCACAACAUCACAUUCAAAACUUGAGGUUCCCGCAACGACAACGAUUCAAAUCCAAUCUUCAAAUCAAUCGCUAGCAAACUCCACUCAACAGGUUUGCCUCGAGUCGAUGCAACUGAAUGAUGUGGAUUAUCAAACAGUGUUACAAACAAAUGGUGAUGGAACAUUCUCAUUGAUUCAAGUUGAUCCCAGUACAUUAACAAAUAAUCCAUCAAUAAUCACGUUGCCAGAUGGAACGACAGCACAAGUACAAGGUGUUGCAACGCUACAUACUCAAAGUGAUGGCACAACAGUUCACACUGUUCAAAUGGAUGGACAAUCUGAGAAUAUGCAAGUCGACUUAUCAGAAGCAUUAGCUCAAGACGGUCAACUAAUCAUCACAAAUGAAGAUGGUAACGUCUUCCCAGUUGGCAUAAGUGGGAUGAUAACUCUACCAGUCACCGCCCAAAUGUAUCAUUCACUUGUACAACAACAAAUACCAAACAACGACAACACGGUGUGUGUUACACCCAUGCAGAUGGAAUCUAAUGAACAAAUGGAAACAAUAACGUUGAACUCAUCAAACAUGCCCCAGGUAAUGAUUCAAGGAGCGAAUGGUGAACUGAAGAUGUUGAGUUUAGCAGAUCUCAAAUCUCUUGGCGUUAAUUUGAUUGAAGACAUUAAAACAGAUGAUCAAAUAAUGGGCUGAUCUUCAGUCAUAUUUGAAUUGAAUAACUAGAUUUAAUUCAAAUAUGGCAUAAAAACAAAACAACAAAAGAAUGCAAGUAAUUAGAAAAAGAAAAAUGACUUCAAAUGAAAUCUCUCAAUCACAAAGUGAAGUUUAAUUAAGUUUUUUUUAAUCAAUUUCCGAGGUCAACCAAAUUUAUUUUGCAUUUCAUUUGCCAUGAAAGUUGAGAGUUAAUUGAUUACAGUUUGAUGAAAAGUCAGAGCUUAAUCAUUGCAAUAUGAAUGAAGACAUUUAUUCAUCAAAUGGACCUAUCUAGUCAUUCUUCAACUCUCUCCAGAAACAUUAAAUCUAGUCGAUUGAAUUUUAUUUUAUUUCCAUCAUUUUUAUAGCGAAAAAUAAGUUCGUUUUAUUAAUUAAGUGAAAUUAAUUCUAAAUUGUGAACAAAAAUGAUAAAAAGAAACUUAGUUAAAGCUUAAAAGUUUUUGAAUUUUAGUGCAAUUUUUUUACAAAAAGAUGUUUUUUAAGAAAAUAAUUUAUUUAAUUUCUUUCUCUUGUGAGUGCGCGAGGAUGUAAGGGUAAUAAUCUAAAUACUUAAAUUAAGAACAAAAUGACAAACUAAACAAAAAGAUUGUAAAUAUUUAAAGAUUCCACACCAAAAUAUUAAGAAAAUCUGAAGAGUCGAUUCAUUUUCAUGGUACAUAAAUAGAUGAUUAGUUUAUAAGUUCGCAAUUAAAGUCAGAUUAGUUUUAAUGAUUCACCACAUCAAAGCAGAAUUUUGUAAAAACAUUAAUCAGUGUAAUUAAAAUAUCAUAAAAAGAUCUUUCAAGAAAGACGAUUGACAUGAAAUUUCGAAUUUUCUAAAGAAUUGAAAUAAUUUAAAGUCUGUAGCUAGUCAAACUAUUAUUGAUUGCUUCAAUCGAGAAAUCGAAAUCCAGAUUCAGUUUAAAUUUAUAAGAACAAAAUGUUUGCCAAUAACUUUUUUUAUAUUUUCAAUCAAUAUUCAUCAUUUUUUGUUUUGCAAUUUAAUUAAUCUAAGUGGAAACACAAAAAUAUUCCAUGAUUAAAAUCCGCAAAUAUAAAACAAACAUUUAAUGACUGCUUUUGCGGAAAGUCUGUGAUUUCUUUUUAUUUUAUUUAUUAAUUUAUUUUCCCUAAUUUCCCUUCUCAACUUCUCUAGUCACAUAAAUGAGAUCUUCAGUUAUUUAUUUUUUAAUUUAAAUUGAUGAUUUAUCUAUUUACAAAUGAAAUCAAAUGUUUAUUUAUUAGUUUUUGGUAUCUUAAACAAUCUGAAUGUAAUAAAGUAUUUAACUAAGAUAAAUGUAA